GUUCAAGCCUUUCACUUCCGCUGCAUUUUCGAGAAGGUUGGAGGGUGUAGCCAGAUAGCUAGCUAAAUGGGAAGAAAUACUUUGUAACAGACGAAGAUUUAUUGGGACAUACUCUAGUGGUACAUUAAAUUGAUUUUUCUUCCACAAAUCACAAUAGAGAAACGGACUGUCAAUAUGAGUCUGUCGACAAUGAAGCGUGCCACGGCGAGUGUUCUUAGUAUUUGGUGUCCCAGCGUUCAAAAUGGAGUCGUCGACAACAACGCAUUUAUACACUGCCUCGGUUCGCCCACUGGAGCUGCGGAUCCCAACGCUACGACGUCUCCAAAGGCCGCAACAGACAAUGAAGUGGACAACGGAGAAGCGGACAGAUGUCCCUGUGCCAUGGAACCGGAGAAAAAUGUUCGUGUGAAGCCUCUCGUGUUGGGAAACAGGUUUCCGGAGAGCACCAACGAGGACGGGUCUUUGCCCUCUUCCCCCGAAACGCCAUCUGGCUGUGGGAAAAUGCCCACAUUCCCCGCCGGCCCCAACGGACGGCUAGAUCAGGAAACACAGGAACUUAUCUACGUCCUUUAUCGGAUACAUACUGGACUGUCUCGGCCAGGCAGUAGCCGAAACAAGGCUUUGGCUACGAUGAAACGAGUGGUAGAAGACGUUAUUGAGAAACACCACUACGCGUACAAGGGUAUGAUCCAGAAAGUAUGUUUGGAUCAACAAGGGGACGACAUGAAUUUCGUCACAUACAUUGCUAAGAACAUCUUCAGUGAUGGAACAACCAACUGGGGCCGCAUCGCCAGCCUGGUGGCAUUUGGCGCUGAGCUGUGCAGACACCUGAAGGAGAAGGGGAGGGAGCACUGUGUAGACUUAGUAAGCCAGGAAAUCUGCUCCUACCUCCUCUCUGACCAGCGGGACUGGCUGAUCAACAACAAAGGCUGGGAGGGAUUUGUAGAGUUCUUCCACGUGGAAGACCCAGAGUCCGUGGUGAGAAAUGCACUCAUGGCAAUCGCAGGGGUGGCUGGGAUAGGGGCUGGACUCGCGUUCUUGAUCCGAUGAAUCUUUUGGACCAUACGUACCUCCACAUUAUGGACUAAUCAACCAUGCUGUCAGUUUCAAGAUGACUACAUAGUGAAGCCCUUUUGAUGUGUCAGCAGUUGAAAGCAGGAUGGAAUGUUUGAAGGAGCAGUUUAGGGGUGCGUAUUUUGUUAUGGAGAAGGUGUUUUCCAAUUCAUGCCCCAUGUUUUGCUCUACAGCCUUUGGUGGGCUUUUCCCCCCCACUUGUGGCAAGCAGAAUGGAAAAAAAAAUGAGUGACACCAGUGCAUCCAGUAUUGACACUGAUUCCUGAAAUUGACUCCUGAAUCCUGCCACCAGGACUCAUCUGUGUCACUUGUAGAUGAUUUUGAACCUGUUCCUGAUUCCUUUUUUAAUUUAAUGUACAUUUACAAAAUUUUAUUUUUCUAUUAAAUUUUAUUUACAAGCAAUGUUGUCAUUUGCUAAUGAAUAACAGACCUAAUUUACAAUGUACACAAUUCAACAGCAGAACCAAAAUGCCAGUGGCUCAUGUACCGUAUAGAUGCUUAGGUCACAUACUCCUGGCUUUUGAGAGUUGAAACACAUUCAUACAAAUGUAGCCAAUUAAUACACCAUUAUUAAAUCAUUAAAAACUUUGUGCUCAUGAGCAGAUGGAUACAGUUUUAAGUUCAUGUUAUGAAACUUGUAUUUUAUUUUUAAAAACAUUUUUACAUGUUGGCCAUAUGUAAGCACUGUUGCCUCUGGUUUCAGAAUUGUCCUCAGCAACACAUUUGGCAAGCUGUUCUUUAUAGGUGCUAAAUCACACUGCUGGAAAAAAAA